UUGCAAGAAAAUGAGUAUGCAAGAUAAAGCUUUAUUUGUGUCAAGAGCAGGCACGACAAUGAUACCGCGCUCUUUGAUAUGAGAUAUGUGACUCUUCCCAGUUGAAAUGAGAUAUACGUACACACAUUGCGUUAUUCGGUAAUGAGGUGCACGGAGAUUAACUUAACAGACAUGCAAGUACAUGAGAAUACAAAACAAACGAUGCCCAUAAAAGGCAUUGUGGAUGAGAAGAAUAGAAUGUGGAUUGGCUUGUUUAUAGUGACUGUUCUAGAAUUGAUAUCAUCACUACCUGCAAUGAUAUGGCCAUGUGGAAGUAGUACUGAAUGGAAUAUUGACACGUUUUAUGAUAUUAUCAACGGUGUACCUAUUAAAGCAUUGCUUAUACUUAUUCUAGCUUUGAUAAUUGGUAUAUUAACGGGUAAAAUUGGACAAAAGAAUGUAAACACUUUUGGUGCCGUUACAUUAGGAUUUAUAGCGCUCGUCAUAUUGUAUGAAUUUGUUAAAAUAUUUGCCGCCAUUACUGAUGGAAACUUCGACACAUUGACAACGUUCUGCAAAAUGUCAAUAAUCGCGUCUCCAAUAUGUGGUCUUCUGCAACUAAGUAUGCUGCUCGGCAUAUUAGGCGAUGCUCGUUUGAAAAGGUACAUAUUGCAGGAUGACCAAAAUGUUGUCACCCCAAAAGCAUACGAGUUUCUCAUGCAGUUUAAUAAGCCGGAAAUACCCAAGAUGUUACUUGGGUGGACCUUUCUAUGUGUGUCCAGUAUGGCUCAGGUAAUGGCUACAAUCUAUUUUGGACAGGCAGUUGAUUCAGCACUUGAUAAGAAAGGCGAUAUACGGCCUAACCUGGGAUGCAUGGGUACUGCAGGCCUGGUCGGCUAUCUGUGUACCAUGUGUCGUUGCUGGUUGCUCAACCGUGCAGAUCUACAGACAGUUGAGGGGAUUCGCAAGCAAAUGUUGAAUAGGAUUAAGAAUAAUGAACAGGCCGUCUUUGAAAAAUUCAAAAUAGACCAGUUAUUGCGCAUACUGACUUUCGACACCCAAGCAUUGCCGAACAUAGCGACAUGGUCGAAGUCGGUGCGGUACCUCUUGCAGAUAUUUGGAUCCUUAGUUGGCUUGUUUAUACUGAACGCGUCCCUUACAAUUUGUGUGCUCGGUGUCAUCCUUGUCAUCAGCCUAACGUCCAUUUUUUUCGGUUACCAUAUUAACAAACUGCAAAAUAAACCAAAAGACAGGCUUACAUGCGUCGAAGAUAACGCUCAGAAUGCACGGGCCACACUUGAACAUGAUAUGAAACAAGUCCGGAAGACAGAAACACGGCUAUUAAUACUUGGAGUCGUUACUGAAGGGGUAGUAGGCUGGCUACUGACAGCAGCCACUGUGAUCGUGCUCUAUUAUGGAGGAACGCUACUGAACAAGCACGCAGAUGACCCCGAGAAAGGGAUCUCGGCCGGAGAACUGACCGCAAUAGUCUUGUUUCUUGUACAAAUGGGUUUGGCAAGUGGCUAUACGUUAUGGUCUGACAGUGAGCCAAAACAGAAAAUCAUAGAAGCCAGAAAGAGAGUGAUUGAACUUCAUACAUUUUUGGAAAAUGGACGACCAGAUUAAAGAGAUACUUCAGUUCAUAAUUCAACUUUGUUAUCGCUAGGUGAGACUGACUUGUAAUGCUGGUUGACUUAUUAGUACGUUUAUUUAUGUUUACUUUGUAAAUAAUACGCGCGUUGCAAAUUCAGCGUUUAUUGAUGUGUCCAUGUGGCGAAAGUGACGUCAGCACACAAACAAAUAUAAUUAGUAAAGUUACAAUAAUAUCUAGCUGCCAAAUAGUGUUGUACCGACACUUUAUUUUGUAUUUCGUACGGUGCAUCUCACCUGAACAUUUUGGUGGUAUAUUUACAAUAUGCAAACUUGUUUUAUCUGUAACUUUUUGCCGUCAAUAUUACUAUUAACCAACACGAUGCAUACAUAACACAGCAAACAUGUAAUUACGUGAUGCUUUUUACCACAUUGUAUUCGUAUCAAUAAAACGGUUCAAUUUGUUUGCACACCAAAUCAAUCAUCAACAGGAUAUGUAUUUUUGAUGACUUUAAUUUUCUGGAAUUAUCUUCACUUUAGUGUUCAGUUUCCAACAAAUUCGGUAAUUUAUAAUUCGCUCGAUAAAUGUUUCCGCAAUGUGUAUACAUAAUUAUAAAUGAGAUUUAUAUGUUAUGAUUAAUAUAGACUUAAUGAGGUUACAUAAUAUUUGUUAGUGUCAAUAUGUAAUAAAUUGCAUAAUUGUGUACAAUAUUAAGGAACUGUAAUAACAAUAUGAAGAGAUGACUUUUUGUUUAUUUCGAUAUUCGUUAUUCGUAAUACUAAGGAUUUAUAUAGUUACAUUGAGUUCGCUUUAUAUAUCGUGAUUACAUGUAAUGUAAUAUGUUACGUAAACUCAAGCACAUGCUUUGUUAUAUAAAACGUUUAUGUAAUAAUAUUAAUUGAUUUAUUCUAAAUUGUAUGUAUAUCGUUGUAUUAAUUGUUAUUUAGACAUAUUUUUACACGUUCAAUGAAUCAAUUUUAUUAUAUCGUCCAUUACUAUGAUUAUAUAAAACAUUGUUAUGAACGGACUAAAACAUCGAGAAUCGAGGGUUUGAUCUUGUUCCGGCUUACAAGCUUGUAUGGGAAAUGGGAAAUGUUUUUCCCCCCAUUUGGUACAUUUGCCUAGAUGAGUAUGUGACCCAGUACUGGUUAACCGGCUAACACAGGAAAUUGUAGGUUGAUUGACUGAUCGCCAUGAUAGGACUUAAAUAUACUGUUGAAAAUCGAUAAAUAAAUUAAUUCCAAUACAUUAUGUACAAAUCAUAGUCUGAAGAACUGACAAACCAGGUAACAGAGGAAAUUGUGAGAUGGUUAACUUAACGUGGUUGUAUUAAUGAAAAGCUGGUGAAAAAGGAGGCGCAAAACACAAAUUAUUUUAAUAAAAUUCACCAACAGCUAAACUCAAUAUUAAUAAAAAAAGAAAGUUAAAAUAUUAAUUUUCUAUUUGUUUUUUAUUCAAAAUUAUAUUUACGACUGGAUAUAAACACAUAUCACAAACGCAAUAAAUUUAACUAUCACUCUGAAUUGACAACUCAGUUUGAAUCCCAAUUUUCUCAACAGUAAAGUAUUUCAUUAUUUAUUUGGAUUAAUGGUAUGUUUAAGAUCGUGUUUAGGCUUACCGAAAAUUGCAAAAGGUUUGCGGGUUUAUAUUUUGCUUAUUAUUCUAUCAAAUAUAUGUAAACAUAUCUUAGACUCGCUCUUUUUUUCUGCAAUAUUGGACUUGUCUGAUAUCAAGGGCUAUUUAAAACUUCCACAUACACUUAAAGGUAAAUUAAAAAAUCAAAAAGUAUGUAACAGGUUUCGGUCUACGUACAUCCAAGUGUGGUAAGUUGCGUUCCCCAAAAUCAUAUGAUAUGCCGCAUUCGUUGGAGUCCAAUCUUUCGCCUCCACAAAUUAUCACAAAAAAUCAAAAGUCACAAAGUCCAAAGUGAUCUUUGAUAGGUUCGCCGAAGAAAACCCAACAGGAUAUUUAUAUACUUCAUUUUUAGCACAUGCAUGGGCUUGUUGUUUUGAUAAAUAUCUUUAGAAUUCAAAUGAAUUCAAUAUAAAACAACCACCUUGAAUGUACUGUAUUUAGACAAACAAAUUAUAAUGUAAUGCGUCUAAUAAAUUACGCACACUGUUUUGCAUCUUAUCUCAAAUGCUUCCAAAUGUACAAUAAAGCGCUAAUUGAUA